AUGAUGUGGCGAGGCACCAGAUCCGUGACAGUUGACAAGCUGGAGGAACUGAGAUGCCCCGAUCAAAAUGGAACAAAGUAUGAGUUCGAUAAAUUCAUCGAAACUUUGAGGAACCAUGUGACAAUAUCAUGGGGAAAAGGUGAAGACGUGGGACACGUUUUGAAGCACCAAGAAGAACCAAUAUUCGCGGGACCGACUCCAUUAACGACAGAUGAGCUGAAGGACCCAGAUUUGGUGGAGGAAUACAUCAAGGAAUUGAAACGUAUCGAGGAACAGGUCCGGAAACUGAGAUUAGACCUGGACAAAGAAAGAGAAAAGAAAGCACCUGUGGAUAGGAGCCCCAAGGACAAGAAACAGAAGUUUCGCCGACAGCAGACAACUUCUGGGAAGCUAUCGAUCGGAGAUCAAGUGCGGAUUGCAAAUCCAAACAAAGGGCAAGAAUCAGAGGGCGAAGUCACAAGCAUUAAUCGCAUCUCUGGAUUCGUCACCGUCCACACACGAACGCAAAGAAUCAGAAGAUUGGCGAAGAACCUAGAUAGGUUGGAACCCUAA